AUGAAGAAGCUGGUGGUGUUUUUGCUCGGCCUGGUCCUGCUCACUGCUUACACAGAUGCCAAUCCUAUCAUCAAGGAGAGCUUUGCUAAGCAGCUGCUCCGCAGCAAGAGGCAGGAUCGGCCAUUGAAGGCGGGCCACCCCGAUGAGCCAAUGAGGGAGCAUCUGCUGCACAUGCAGGCCCUGGAUCAGAGGGCCCAGGAGACCAACAUGGAGUACUGGCUCAAUCCUCACUGCCCCCCUCGCUGUGACAGGAACUACGGACACCCUGUUUGA